ACAGGCCAAGUGCUCUGCGCUCGGUGGGUGCCAGCCAGGCCAGGGCUAGCCGAGCGAGCGAGGACAGGCACCCGAGGGGGCGCGGCCGCCGGCCGGACGACACAGCGAGCGAGACUCAGGAGCAGUCCACGGCCCGACAGCCAGCGCGUCGGCAAUGGAGCGCCUGGUCGCCCGCCGCACCUUUCCCCUGUUCGCGCGCACCAGCGCUUGCCGCAGCCUCUUCGGGCCCGUGGACCACGAGGAGCUCAGCCGCGAGCUGCAGAUGCGCCUGGCCGAGCUGAGCGCCGAGGACCAGCGUCGCUGGGACUACAACUUCCAGCAGGACGUGCCACUGCGGGGCCCCGGGCGCCUGCAGUGGACCGAGGUGGACAGCGACUCCGUGCCCGCCUUCUACCGCGAGACGGUGCAGGUGGGGCGCUGUCGCCUGCUCCUGGCGCCUCGUCCCCGCCCGGACGGCGCGGGCGAUAGCCCGCCCUCCGGGCCGCCGGCCGAUGAGUCCCUCGACGGCCUCGGGGAGGCGCCGGCGUCGCCGUCCAGCGGCCCGUCCGUAGCGCCUGCCCCGGCCCCGGCCCCGGCGCCGCAGGAGAGCUCUGAGCCGGAGGCGGUCCCGCCGUCGCGCAGCCAGGAGUCCCUGGCCGAGCCGCCGCACUCAGGGAUUUCGGGGCGCCCCGCGCCGGGCACUGCCGCCACUGCCACCAACACCAACGCCGCCGCCGCCACUGCCGCCGCCGCUGCCACCACUGCCGCCGCCGGAGGCGCCGCGAUCAAGAAGCUGUCCGGGCCUCUCAUCUCCGAUUUCUUCGCCAAGCGCAAGAGACCCGCGCCCGAAGCCAAGGCGUCGAACGAGGUCCCCGCGGGAUGCGCCGCGCCCGGCGCCGCUCCAGCCGUCGGCUCGGCUGAGCAAACCCCGCGCAAGCGGCUGCGAUGAGAGCCUCGCGCCCAACGAGCCCCGAGGGAGCCCGCUGGGCAGCGGACAGGAGAGGAGCGCUGGGCCUCGGCUGGGACCGUCCAUGUAGCAGCAACCGGCGGCAGCUGCCACGGAGCAGCGUUCGGUUUUGUGUUUAAAGUUUGAAAACUGUGCAAUGUAUUAAUAACGUCUUUUAUAUCUAAAUGUAUUCUGCACGAGGAGUACACUGGUCCCAAGGUGUAAAGCUUUAAGAGUCAUUUAUAUAAAAUGUUUAAUCUCUGCUGAAACUCAGUGCAAAAAAA